GGGCCCCGUUGGAGGACAGUCGGAGAGGAAGCACUUGCGGUGAAACUCGGGAUUCUCACUCUGCCAUUUUGCGAGGAAGCGGCCGACACCAACCUCCGUCACUCAGACGUCAUGGCCUGAAUUUCUUUGGAACUUUUACAAACGGGACGGCCUCUGAAUUGGGGCACAUUUAACGCAACAAAGGAACUGUUGUUUUGAUCCCCUCGCCAGUUCCCCUCAGCCAUGUGUUCCACCAAUCACUCAAACUGGGUCACAUUUGAAGAUGACAGCACACCGCUACCCUCACCUCAGAAAACCCUACAGUCACCAGGGUGUAUCAAAUCAUCAGUCCCACGCCCCAAUGGCCUGAAACUAGCACCUCCGCCGAUCAGAGACACCUCCUGGAGCUUCCACAGUUCCCCUGACUCUUCUCAAAGCCGUUUGAGCAUCAGUGGGAGUUCUUCUACACCCUUCUCCACUCCUGCGAAAGACAGCACAUCCCCAUUUCACUCCACCACUUGGGAAAAGACUGACUUGUUCCAGAGCUUCUCCAGCACAUCCAGCUCCUCUUCAGCACACGAAGCCUUAAAUCAAACCGUAGAUGGACCAAAACCCUUUCCUUCAUUCCAGGGUAACUCAGGACACGUAAACCCAUUUUGGGAUACUUCUCAACACAACGACGAUGACGACAGCUCCUCAUCUGAUUCGGAAUCGGACAAAAGCAUUCCGCGCUUCUUCAUCCGGACCAAAGAUGGAAGUGAACCUCCACGCGAUCAGUUCCAGAACAACUUUUCUUAUGUGUGCAACAAACUAGACGGACUUCAAGUGGAGACGGGCCCUGAAAAGCCAAUGGACCGGAGGCUGAGUUGCAAAAGUGAAGUCCUGAAUGACACCUCUUCUCCUUAUGUACCUCAAGGGUUGUUCCGCAGCCAAAAGAGAGACGGCUGGCCCGUGUUGCUCAGGAUACCGGAGAAAAAGAACCGCAUGUCGUCGCGACAGUGGGGUCCGAUCUACCUCCGCCUGCGGCCGGGAGGGGUGCUGCAGAUGUUCUAUGAGAAAGGCCUGGAGAAGCCUUUUAAAGAGUUCCAGCUCUUCCCUCAGUGCAGACUCUCUGAACUCAAAGUGGAGAGCUACAGCGAGCCUCGCAAAGUCCUCACUGUCAAGGUCGAGCAGUUCUCCUACACGGAGAAGAAGCGCUACCACCCAAAGCUGGAGGUCAACCAUGAAGCAGAGGUGGAGCAGCUGCUGAAGUUUGGCUCCACGGUGCACAGCGACAUGGAAGACCUAGUGGCUUCCGUAGAGGAAGAAAUCUUUAAACUGAGCGUUCCGCACCAAUCGAGGCGACACCAUGAGGAGCAGGAGCUGUCGCUGCAGAUCACGGACCACAUGUGGGUUCAACUGGAUAAAUUCGGGGAGGUCAUGGAGCGAACCGCCUUCACUCAAAUUCACUGUUUGGCCUUCCUGAACGGACUGGGGGAAUGCUUCCUCGCGCUAAAUGAACUGGGGCUGCUGCGAUCGAAUUCCAAUUAUGGAUCAGAGGACAGCGAACUCUGGAUGGAGAUCACUGACCACCAUUUGCACAAAUGCGUCAACGAGAUGGAGUACCAGAGAUCUCGGCUGAUCAAGUUCUAUCCCCCGGAUUCAUGUCGAGUAGAACUGCUGCGGUACAAGACUAUGUUUCUGGGUUGCACGGACAUUCCUUUCACCAUUAAAGCUGUGGUUACAGUCCAAGGUGCCUAUGUGGAGCUGCAGGCCUUCUUGAACAUGUCAGCGGCUUUCCUCUCCGCUCCCGGGGUCUCUAACUCGUACCCACUCUGUGAGAAUGUUGUGAUUCAAGUGCCAGUCCCCGGUGACUGGGUCAAAGUGACGACUCCAACCGUGGCUUUGCUGCGACAGAGAUCCCUCAAGGCUCGCAUGAACAGGAACGCUUGCCUGGGCUCCGUCAGCGCUGCAGACUCGCAGCCUGUCAUGCAGGUCUCCAUCGGCACCGUCAAGUACGAGAAUGUAUAUUCAGCCGUGGUCUGGAGGAUUGACAGGCUACCUGCUAAGAACACAGCGGUGGAUCAUCCACAUUCCUUUUCCUGCAAGCUGGAGCUGGGAUCAGAUCAGGAAAUCCCCAACGACUGGUACCCUUUUGUCACCAUGGAGUGUGAAAUCAUGGGGGCGGUGAUUUCGCAAACCAGAGUCAAGUCACUUGGAACGGUGAAUGACAUCCAGCCGCAGAAACAUGUGACCAGUUGGACACGAUACCAUUGUCAGGUGGAGGUGGAAAAGAAAUUGAUCGACACGGAAUCGGAGCGGCAGUCGGCCUGCAUGACGCAGUGAUGAUGGAGGAAUCGGUGUCACCAUAGUCUAGUCAAAAAAAAAAAAACAACGGGUGAUGAGGGACUUUCUAUUCUAUACGUGGUGUUAAAUUCGUUCAAAUAACAUGGCGAUGAACUUGGAUCCUGACUGAAUAUUAAAUCUAACAUAAGCGUCAUUGCCUAGCACUUUAAUAGAGUCGUUAAUUUUACCGUUCUGAUCUUUGCUUGUGACUCGAUCUGCACUGCCUUCGAGAUGAUCAUGCCAAGUUGGCUGCGUGAAAGAGGAAUCUCUGUACUGAACAGUUUUAAAUGUUCCAUCUCAGCUAUUGGAUAUUUAACGGCUGAAAAAUGUUCUUCAAAAGAGAGAGCAGCUUUUGGAACGUUUGUGCGUGUUUGGCUUCAGUGAGUUGGGAAGAAAGUCUUUUUCAUCGCAAAAGGAACUUCAUGAUAUUGGAGUGAUUUGACAGACGCUGUCUUUUUGAAAUCAAAAGCUCCAGAAAAAACAAAUUUUGUCAUACACUUGUCUUCCAUUGUGUAUCUGCUGCUGACGCUAAUCGAAGCCUUUUUAAUGAAACAUUUUCAUCAUUCAAAUAUGCAAGUGCUGCUUCCAUUUGUCCUACACUUAUGAGAUGUUUUAUUUAAUGAAACAGAUUUUUUUUUACAAAGGCCUUCAGUCAUCAAGUCUUAAAUGUGUGUGGUACCUGUCUGCAGCUGGAUGUUGUGUAUAUGAAUAAAAUACAUGUUGAUUUAA